CGGAAGAAGCUGUCAUUUCGUGGUUAUUAUCCUGAUAUUAUCUCGUCUAAGCAGUAUUUCCCAUCAAACUGAUACUAAUUGAACGACAGAUGUGACUGUUUUCACAGAGCUUCACAAUGGGAUUUACACCGGGACUCUUUCUUGGUGUUAAACCGUCGAAAACGCUUGUGUUUCUGCCUUUUUUGUUGACAUUAUUGCUCGUUGGGAGCCAAGGCGAUAAUAAUGCGAUGGACAACGUCGCAACCGAGAGGCUGGCUGAGGAAAGCCACCGACAAGAUAGUGCCAAUCUACUUAUAUUCAUAAUGCUCUUAACACUCACCAUCUUAACUAUAUGGCUGUUCAAACACCGGCGAUUCAGGUUCCUGCAUGAAACAGGACUAGCCAUGAUCUAUGGCCUGUUGGUGGGUGUGAUCCUGCGCUUUGGAGUCCAUGUCCCCGCAAGCAUGAGUGAUGUGAUCCUCAACUGCGCUGUCAACGCCAGUCCCGCUACACUGCUGGUCAACGUCAGUGGGCGAUUCUACGAGUACACGCUAAAGGGGGAAGUCAGCCGGGGCAAAGGUCACCAAGUACAGGACGACGAGAUGCUGAGAAAGGUGACCUUUGACCCAGAAGUCUUUUUCAACAUUUUGCUGCCUCCCAUUAUCUUCCAUGCUGGUUACAGUCUCAAAAGGAGACAUUUCUUCAGAAACAUCGGCUCCAUCCUGGCCUAUGCUUUCAUUGGAACAGUUAUCUCCUGCUUUGUCAUUGGGCUGAUCAUGUAUGGCAUAGUGUCCUUCAUGAAAGUUGUGGGCCAGCUUGGAGGAGAUUUUUUUUUUACCGACUGCCUCCUGUUUGGGGCCAUCGUUUCAGCAACAGACCCAGUGACAGUGCUGGCUAUCUUCAAUGAGCUAAAAGUAGAUGUGGACCUGUAUGCUUUACUCUUUGGGGAGAGUGUCCUCAAUGAUGCUGUGGCCAUCGUCCUCUCUUCCUCUAUUGUGGCGUAUCAGCCUGCUGGAGACAACAGCCACAGCUUUGAGGGCAUGGCCAUGUUGAAAUCCUUCGGCGUCUUCCUGGGCGUCUUUAGCGGAUCCUUUGCUCUUGGGGUGGCCACCGGAUUUAUGACCGCUCUCAUAUCCAAGUUCACUAAGUUGCGAGACUUCCCCUUGCUGGAGACGGCUCUCUUCUUCCUCAUGUCCUGGAGCACCUUCCUGUUGGCUGAGGCCUGCGGGUUCACAGGCGUCGUGGCUGUGCUGUUCUGUGGGAUCACUCAGGCUCACUACACCUUCAACAAUCUCUCCCCUGACUCUCAGGACAGGACCAAACAGUUGUUUGAGCUGCUGAACUUCCUGGCAGAGAACUUCAUCUUCUCCUACAUGGGCCUGACUCUGUUCUCCUUCCAGUCACACGUCUUUAACCCUAUGUUCAUCAUCGGAGCCUUUGUUGCUGUGUUUCUGGGCAGGGCAGCAAACAUCUACCCUUUGUCCUUCCUGCUCAACUUGGGCCGCAAGAACAAGAUCAAAUCCAACUUCCAGCACGUCAUGAUGUUUGCAGGUCUGCGUGGGGCAAUGACCUUUGCUCUCUCAAUCCGAGACACAGCGACUUACGCCCGCCAGAUGAUGUUUUCAACCACCCUGCUAAUUGUCUUCUUCACUGUGUGGAUCUGUGGAGGAGGCACCAUGCCCAUGCUGUCUUUCAUGAGCAUACCGGUGGGUGUGGACUCUGAUCAAGACAACUCUAGCUCAGCUGUGUUGGAUGGGUCACAAAGGAGCACCAAACAUGAGAGUGCCUGGCCUUUCAAGAUCUGGUAUAACUUUGACCACAACUACCUAAAGCCCCUCCUGACCCACAGCGGCCCCCCUCUCUCUUCUACUUUGCCUGCUUGUUGUGGACCGCUGGCACGAUGCCUCACCAGCCCUCAGGCCUAUGAGAACGAGUACAGGCUCCACGACGAUGACUCUGACUUCAUCCUGAACGACGCCAGUGUUAGCUCCAUGUAUGCCGACGUCACCGUCAGCACGGACGCAUCUGGAUCCCGCACCACCAGCCGGCCCUCAAGCUCUAGGGGGGGCCGGCAGGCUGAGGGUCUGGAUCACGAGCUCGGAUUGGCGGAACAGGAAGUGGCGAUCAGGGGCACCCGUCUGGUGCUGCCCAUGGAUGACCCAGUGGAGCCCCCGACCACCGUCACCCUGCCCCCGCCACCCUCACCACCACGCUCCGAACCUCGCAGGCAUAGACUGUAAGAGAGCUUACGCUGUCAGGAUGCAGUUUGUUGUUUUAAGCAUUAAAACAACCAACAAAUCUUCUAAUUUGAUUUUAAAAGAAAAAGCAUCUGUAAGUUAAUUUGUUUGGAUUUUUGAUUCAAAAAACAAACUGCUUUUACAGUAAGAGUCACAUAAAAGUCGCCAUGUUGCUGGGACCACCUCUCUAACGUGAACUUAAAAUAGGUUCAGCUUUUUGUGCGCUUGAUUCAACUUGCCAUUGGGGUGAAUACUGUAAUCUUGAAUGUGAGUGCACUACAUGUGAGGUAAGGUACUGUCAAUCAAGUGCACCUCAAACCUAAGGGUUACUUAAAAUAAUGUAGGACGCACAUUUGGCUUGCAUUAAGGAAAGCUUAAACAAUGGGGAUGUAGUGUUGGCUCAUGCAAGUGCUAUUUCUAUAAUCUAUUACAGUCCUCCAUCUUUUACCCCUACAUUUUUCAUAUGCAGUUUACCCUUCUGUCCUCUGACUACAGGACCUGUAUUUGUCUAGCUUCCCUUCAAGUAUUGGUACGAUGACCUACCGCAUCAUUUAGUGCACAGAACUAUAAAACUUUACUCUGGUACCAAUAAUGAGAGAGCAUUUUCCUCUGAAGCCACAUUAUUAAUCUUACCCAUCCAUCCACAUCCAUGUUUUCCUCCUGCUCAAAGGUCACAGGUGGAGAAGGGUUAAGAACAAGUAGACUAAGACAUUAGCAUCUGUGAUGGAAGCAGUAUUAGGAGUUUUUUAAGGAGAUUUUAAAACGAACAAAUAAGUUCUACAAGAUUGAAAGUAGAUACAUUUCAGCCCCAAAAAACCCAAUCAAAUAUAAACUUCCAUUUUAGCACUGCCCGGAUCUUCCCUUCUUAGUCAGUCCUUUCACUUAUUCAUGUUUUUAUUGGUACAAACAAAUUAGUUAUUUAUUCAAUGAUUUAUUUUGUUUAUUUAUUGUUUAUUUAUUGUUUUUGGGGUGACAUUAAUGAUUAUCUUGUCCCGUUUGAAAAUAGGGCUGCUUAUGGUGAAAGGGUGUUAUGCACAUUUUCUGAACAGAACACUACACAACUGCACGGUAGAUAAGUCUUGAGGCUGGUGGGUCACCAUUCGAGGAGUUCGUUCUUUAUUGCGUGUGUAUGUUAUAAUAUCUCCUUCCUGCUCUGUAGCAGAUCCUUUUACUUUAUAUUUGGAAACUAAAGCUUCCCUGUGUGCAUAUUUUAAGUGUGUUUGGGGCUAAUGUCAGUAUGAAAUUGUCCAAAUCUACUGACGUUGGUGUUAAGGCUUUUGUCUGUUUGUGGGUUAUGUCUGGCGUAGUCUUUCUUUAAAAAAGUAACUGCCGUGUCUUGAUGACUUUGAGGGCUGGCUGAACUGUUUUGACUUAAAGUGCCUAUUCUGAAAUUCAAUUACCUAAUGUAGAUUUGUACAUAUUUUGAUUUACUAAUGUGCAGUAAGAUUAUCUUUCUUGUUUUUUUAUAUGAUACAAAAAACCUAUAUUGUUCAAUAUUGUAUUCCCAGUAUAAUUAGGCCAUUAAGUGACUAAUUCACAAAACUAAAACAUUUUACUUUUUGUAAAUGGGAAACGAGCAUCACUAAUAUUUUCUCAGACGAAAUCACUUUUGGAAAAUGUAUACUUUAUGUGGUAUUUGAAAAUGACACUAUUGGGAACUGAAUUUCAAUGCAACAAGAACCUGGUGACCUCUUUUUAUUUUCUAAAAGGUCUAGAAAGAGAUACGACUACUUGGGUUGGUGUUCAGUCUUUUCACUCCUUGUUUGGCAACUGAUAUCCGAUACUCUGUUCCCACCUCAGUAUGAAAUAUUUUGCACUGAGGCAUCUCCUUUUUUGUUUUGUUUGCUGUUUGGUGACUUUUAUGACUGAAGUAGAAACGUAUUCCUGCUAAAAAUCCCAUGUUCAAAUGUUUGUUACUGUGUCAAGCUGCACAAGUUGUAUUUUUGAUCUGUAAGCGUUCCUCUGGUGUUUGACAGAUAUGGACAAGCGAACAAGCUACCUUUUGAUUUUAAUUUGUUGUUUAACUGUAAUCAAACCAUAAAUGGGAAUUUUGAAGAAACUUCUAUAAUCAUAAAAUAACAACUACACCUGAAAAUCUGAACAUGUCUAUGUUUCUGCUGUUUGUAGGACCUUUAACUGACAAUUGUAUUUGUGAAAAGUACACCUGCAAAAGUUCAAUAUGUGGAUGUUUUAAAAUGUGAACUCAUGAGGGGUAAAUAAUCAAAGAUGUGUUAUAUUGUUCCCUGUGUGGUCUUGAAGUUUUAACAUCAUCUCAGUCAGACAUCCUGCAAGUGUACUAGAAAAUAAAAAAAAUGUUGAAAAUGA